AUGCCAAAUCACACAGUGGACUUCUGGAAUCUGACAUUCAGAAUUAUUUUCUUAUCAGAAACUACAACUGGAAUUCUGGGAAAUGUCUCUCUAAUUUUCUACUAUCUGGUCCUUUACUGCAGAAAAUGCAUAUUAAAGCCCACAGAUUUGAUUCUCAUGCACCUAUUGACAGCCAAUACCUUGAUCAUUCUUUCUGAAGGAGUGCCCCAAACAAUGACAGUUUUUGGAUUUAAGCAUUUUUUGGACGAUUUUGGAUGUAAGCUCCUAAUGUACUUUCAAGGAUUUGGUAGGAGUGUGUCCGUUGGUACCACCUGCCUCCUGAGUGUCUUCCAGGCAAUGACCAUUAGCCCCAGUAACUUCUGUUGGAAGAAUCAUAAAUUCAAAUUUGAAAAGAAAAUUGGCUGCUACAUGUUCCUCCUCUGGAUGACAUACAUGUUAAUAAAUUCCAUUCAUUUUAUAUACAAACUUGUCAACACCUAUAGAAACAACAUGACCAAAAUAUGGGAUUUUCAAUACUGCCGCAGUGCAGGCAUGGGUGACAAAGGAAGCUCAAUCUAUGCAGCAUUGGUGAUUUCCCCCGAGAUCUUCUUUUCUGUGCUCAUGACCUGGUCCAGUGGAUCCAUGAUUGUCACUCUUUACAGACAUAAGAAGAGGGUUCAACACAUCCGCAGCACUCAUGGUUCCAUCAGAAACUCCCCUGAAUCCAGAGUCACCCAGAACAUUCUGAUCUUGGUGUCUACCUUCCUGGCUUUUUAUACUCUCUCGUCCUUCGUAAGAGGCUACAUGGCUCUCUUGUAUAAUCAAAAUUGGUGGCUAAUCAGCUUCAAAGCCCUCCUUUCUCUCUCUUUUCCAUCUUUUGUACCCUUUCUUCUCCUACACCAUUACUCUAUUGUAUCCAAGCUUUGUUUUUUCCGGAUAAGGAAUAAGAUCAUUUAA